AAACCUUUCUGAUACCGGAAUUACAUUCAACAAACAACUUGAUAAGAAUUCCCCAUUUGAGAGACACGUGAAAACCCUGAGCACUCUCAAAUGUCAUUUCCCUAGGAACAGGAGGGUCUGGAAUUUCCGAAACCGAUGACGACUACAGAGGAUCUUUGGGGGCAUCCCAGCAUAAGGUCUGCGCGAUAAACCCGGAGUCACUGCCCCACUGGGAAAUCAGAACCGCAUUCGCCAUGGAGUUGACCAAUCUGACUACGUAUUCAUCAGAGGCUGCUUCAGCUAUAGCAGAAGAGGACAGGAUUCUGCGAACGUGGUCUCCUUGUCCUUGGAAUUCGAAAUGCUUUAUCUGAUCGGCUUGGGUCUGGGAGAUGCCAAGGACAUCACAGUCAAGGGCCUGGAAGUUGUAAGACGCUGCAGUCGUGUGUAUCUGGAAGCCUACACCUCAGUUCUGACUGUGGGAAAAGAAGCCCUGGAAGAGUUUUAUGGCAGAAAAUUGAUUCUCGCUGAUAGAGAAGAAGUGGAACAAGAGGCAGAUAAUAUUUUAAAAGACGCUGAUAUCAAUGAAGUUGCAUUCCUUGUGGUUGGUGACCCAUUGGGGGCUACAACACACAGUGAUCUUAUUCUGAGAGCGACAAAGCUGGGAAUUCCUUAUCGAGUUAUUCACAAUGCCUCCAUAAUGAAUGCUGUAGGCUGCUGUGGUUUACAGCUGUAUAAUUUUGGAGAGACAGUUUCUAUUGUUUUUUGGACAGACAGUUGGAGACCAGAGAGUUUCUUUGACAAAAUUGAAAAGAACAGACAAAAUGGCCUGCAUACUUUAUGCUUAUUAGACAUCAAAGUAAAGGAGCAAUCUGUGGAAAAUCUAAUCAAGGGAAGGAAGAUCUAUGAACCACCUCGGUAUAUGAGUGUAAACCAAGCAGCCCAGCAGCUUCUGGAAAUUGUCCAAAAUCGAAGAGUAGGAGGAGAAGAACCAGCAAUUACUGAAGAGACACUCUGUGCUGGCUUAGCCAGGGUAGGCGCUGAGGACCAGAAAAUUGCAGCAGGCACCCUACAGCAGAUGAGUACUGUGGAUUUGGGAGGACCACUGCAUUCCUUGAUCAUCACAGGAGGCAGCAUGCAUCCACUGGAGAUGGAGAUGUUAAGUCUGUUUUCCAUACCAGAAAAAGACUAAUAGACUCCGAACAUGGACAUUUUCUGUGGUUGCACAUUAAAUUCAACCAGAUAUGAAUGUACACUUAUUUGUAUGACGUAUGAAAUAGGUCUUUUUAAUUUGUCUAAAAGUAACAAUAACAAGUUUCCAAAAAAGAAAGGAGUUGUCUCAACACUGAUGGGUUUCCUGUGGCAAUGAGUGUUUUCCCUGUGAUAUCAUCAGUUGUGCUAUUUUAGCAGCUUUUCAGGAUGUACACCCUUGUAGCAGACCAAACUGGAAAACGUGUGGGUAGAUGUCCACAGACAGAAUCCUUUAAAAGCAGAAACAGAGGUAGGAAGAAUACAUUUCUACCUUUCUUCAUGUGCUUAAAGCUUGGGGGACUCAGACUGCAGCCUGAGCUGCAGAAUGACACUCCUCUGAAUUGAGUGUUAUUAUGGUUGAUACAUUGUGUCAGAUUGAGAAAUUUAACUGAGAGACUCAGCAGGGAACCAGGGUUCUUACUUUAAAAUAUCCUCAUCCGGUCCAAAGGAGGGCAAGGAGAUUUUUUGAGUGAUACACCUGCCCAGGGGUUCGGGUGGGAUGGGGGAGGGCUGUGUAUAAUAAAGCCAGGAGAAGAGGCUUGUUUUCUUUCUUUUUGCUCUGGCUGCUGCCUGGAAGUGUUGCCCCAGUGCCAUGCCACCUGCUUUGAAGCCAGCUGAUUAUGGACUGAAACCUCCACAACAGUGAGCUGAAUAAACCUUUCUUUCCUUCA